CUGAAGAGGAGCAGAACUGGUUGCGUCUCCCUGUCUUUGUUGAAUAAGGAAUGAACAACUGAGCCAGCUCAUUUACCCUCCAAAAAGAAGAAGAGUGAAAACUGAUACACCUGCAGCUGAAUUUAUUUUACAGCUUUUUUUUGCAGGCACCAUGAACAUCCAGGAAUAUUUCACCAGAAUUUCUUACAAAGGCCCCAGUGAAAACCUGGACUUGGAGACAUUAACUGCAAUCCUCCAGCACCACAUCCGGGCUGUUCCCUUUGAGAACCUCAGCAUCCACUGCAGGGAGACCAUUGCGCUGGAGUUGGAACCAGUGUAUAACAAAAUAGUGAGGAGGAAUCGUGGUGGCUGGUGCUUGGAAAGUAACCAGCUGUUGUUCUGGGUUCUGAAAACACUGGGAUUUAAUGUCACUCUUCUGGGAGGAAAAGUGUACGACCCAGAUGAUAAGACAUAUGCUGAUCAUCCCAAUCACCUUCUGUUAAAAGUGGCCCUUGCUGACAAAUCUUACAUUCUGGAUGGUGGGUUUGGGGCGGACUAUCAAAUGUGGGAGCCCAUGGAGCUGAUUUCUGGGAAAGAGCAGUCUCAGACUCCUGGCACCUUUCGCUUUCUGGAAGAGAAGGGGACCUGGCACCUGGAGAAGAGAAAAAGGCAGGCAUACUUUUCCAGCCAUGGCCACUCUAAGGUUCAUCUACUGCAAACAAAUGACUACAGGAAGAUUUACAUCUUUACCCUUGAGCCACGAGAGAUAGAAGAUUUCAGGGCCUUGAAUGUGGAGUGCCAGACAUCUCCAGAUUUUGUUUUGGUACGGAAGUCCAUCUGCAGCCUCCAGACCACCAGUGGGAUGCGGUCCUUAAUUGGGUGGAGAUAUACUGAGAUAAAAUACAACUACAGGGAGAACAUGGAUCUGAUAGAAGCCACGAUUCUUCCUGACGAAGAGGUGGAGAAGACACUGAAAGACAAAUUCAAUAUUACUCUAGAUAAGAAACUUCAACCAGUGAAUAAAGGCAAGUCAUCUGUGUUUCACCACUUGGCCAGACUCUAA